AUGCUCGCGGCGCGCCAGCUCGCCGCCGCCGGUGGUAGGCUGUUCUCCGCGGCGGCGUCCUCCGCUUCCGCCCGAGGGGGUCACGCGGGCGGCGCGGCGGGGAGUGGGGACACGCUGGGGAAGCGCCUGCUGAAGCUCAUCUACCCGAAGCGGAGCGCGGUGGUGGUGCUGCGGCAAUGGGCGAAGGAGGGCCGCACCGUGCAGAAGUACCAGCUCAACCGCGUCGUCGGGGAGAUUCGGAAGUACGGCCGCUUCAAGCACGCCCUGGAGAUCUACGAGUGGAUCCGAACCCAGCCGGAGAUGCGGCUGCUGCUGGGGGACCACGCAGUGCACGUCGACCUCGUCACUAAGGUCCGGGGACUCGCCAGCGCCGUCAAGUUCUUCAAGGACAUGCCGGAGCACGCUAAGGGUCCGUCCACCUGCAACGCGCUGCUGCACGCGUACGUGCAGCACGACGCGAGAGAGAAGGCCGAGGCCAUGAUGGCGGAGAUGGUCCGUGUGGGGUACCUCACCUACGCGCUGCCCUUCAACCACAUGAUGUCGCUGUACAUGGCGAGCGGCGAGCUCGAGCGGGUGCCAGAAAUGAUCAAGGAGCUAAGGAGGUACACGGUCCCUGACCUCGUCACCUACAACAUAUGGCUGACGUACUGCUCCAAGAAGAACAGCGUGAAGAGCGCCGAGAAGGUGUUUGGUCUGAUGAAGGAUGACAGGGUGGUUCCUGAUUGGAUGACCUUCAGCUUGCUCGGUAGCAUUUAUAUCAAUGCUGGACUCCAUGUCGAGGGCCGGAAUGCGUUGGUGGAGAUGGAGAAGAGGGCCUCCAGGAAGGAGCGAGCCACAUACUCAUCGCUCCUCACCCUGUAUGCAAGCUUGUCAGAUAGAGGGAACUUGGACAGGGUAUGGAAUAAGAUGAGGGAAACCUUCAGGAAGUUCAGCGACACAGAGUACAAGUGCAUGCUCACUUCCCUCACGAGGGAAUGGGAAUCAGCGUCGGGAACACAUGAUUCAAGGAUCCCAAACACGAUCCUUUCAUAUUACAUCAAGAAUGGCAUGAUCGAGAAGGCGGAGAGCUUUCUUGGCGACAUUGUGGAGAAAGGAGUCAAGCCCAGCUAUAGCACAUGGGAGUUAUUCGUCUGGGGUUAUCUCGGCGACAACAAUACGGACAAAGUCCUUGAGUGCCUGAAGAAGGCCCUGUCAAGCUUGGAGAAAUGGGAGCCGAACCAUGAGCUCGCCACUGCGAUCUUUUCUCAGAUCGAGAAGACAGGUGACAUUGAAGCUGCAGAGAAGCUCCUAGUCAUGUUCCGGGAUGCAGGGUAUGUUACCACUGAGAUGUACAACUCGGUCUUGCGCACUUAUGCAGAGGCCAAGCUCAUGCCUCUGAUAGUCGAGGAACGAAUGGAGCAGGAUAAGGUGGCCGUGGAUGUGGAAACCAGAAGAUUGUUGAGGUUGACCAGCAAAUAUCCAAUCGGUGAGGUUUCAACAUUGAUGUCUUGA